AUGUGUGACAUCAGAAUUCCAUUGAACAGUCUAGUUUCUUUUCAGUUAAAGGAGAUACCGCCGCAUCGUAGGUCGGUUAACAACCCGGCACCACAAAACCAGGAGUUCAUGGAUGGCAUGUAUGCCGCUUUUCAAGGCAUGGCCACUCAAGCUCAGAAUGAGCGAGCGGCCGAGGAAAGGAAGCACAGUUACUUCUGGGAGUUUAGGCGUGCACCUAUCCCUACCUUCAAUAGUGAGGGAGGACCCCAGGAGGCAGAGUACUGGUUUGAUUCCAUCGUGAAGCACCUGAACACCAUGGGAAUACCGAAAGAGUAUUGGGUGGAAUUCGCGGUGUAUAAGAUGGAAGGUCAAGCGAGUACUUGGUGGAAGCAAGUGAGAAGGAGACUUGAUGUUGCGGGAAUGAAUUGGGAACAGUUUGAAGUUCUCUUUAAUGAACAAUACUUUCCUCAGAGUUACCGGGAUGAAAAAGCAAUGGAGUUUAUGUCCUUGCUUCAAGGUGACAUGUCGGUGAGGGAGUAUGAGGCAAAAUUCAAUGACUUGUCCCACUUUGUGCCAUCUCUUGUGGAGUCUGAGCAUUUGAAAUGCUUGAAAUUUAAGAAAGGUCUCAAGAAUUCUAUAAGGAGACCCUUAGUGGCUCUAAGGAUCCAAAAUUUUCGAGACUUGGUGGCUGCUGUUACAAGCAUGGAACAAGACAAUUUGGCAUAUCAGCAGAGUAAGGAAGCAGCUAGUCGAGUUUCUACUUCAGGUGGGCCACAACGGAGUGGUAGAAGAAACCGCAAUCAAGGACAGAUUAGCGGGGAAAUGAUCAGUGGUGGCAAUAGUUCCUCUGGAAGUGACAGAAAUGGUCCCUACAACCCCAAGUGUCAUUAUUAUGGACAAGUUGGCCAUAUUUGGAUGAACUGUCCAAAUCGGAAUCAGCCGCCGACCCAGCAAUCUCAGAGUGAGGCUUCUUCUGGUCAAGGAAGACCACCGCAGUUUGUGCCGCCUUAUCAGCCACAACUGCCAAUACCGUACCCUCCUGUGCCAGCCUACCGUCCGCCUUAA